CCGGGCACAUCCGCGCUCUCCCGCCGGGCAGGCCCGAGCUCUCCCCGCCCGCCCCCGGGCCCCGUAGCAGGCGGAGCCGGGCGGGCCCCACAGGGGCGGCGCGGCGCGGCGCGGCGCGGCGCAGGCCCCUCGGCCCGGCCAUGUCCGAGGAGGGAGGCGGCAAACUGCGCCUCAAGCCCAGGAAGGCGCCACCGGGCCGCAGCCGGGAGCCCCCCGCGCGGCGCCAAACAUUGGCCAACAGAGACUCCUGGUUUGAACAACAAGGAUUAAGUGAGUCUGAAAAUAUGUGGAUGCUGAUACUGAAGACUGUCAAUCCAGAUCUAAAACACACAAGCUGGGAAACAGUGCCCAGUUUACCAGAAUUUUUUGGACAGAAUUCUGAAAAUGAGAAGAACCCACCAAAACCAGAAGUCUUUAAGGUUGGAAUGAAAGAUUUUCCAUGGAUACCUCUCCCAUCUUUCUCCAAAGAAAAAGCUCUUAAUAGAAGGGAUCCAAGCUGCUUUCACAUAUCAAAAAGUCACACUGAGCAUCUAAUGGAAAGGGAGGACCAGGCAGACCAAAACCAGCUAAAUAUUGCUCCUGUAGUUGAGAAAAUAUCCCUUGCAGUUAAUGAUGAUCCAGAUGAGAACCUAAGAAUGAAACACAGCAGAAAAAGUUCAAAACUGAAAGAAAAAGAAAGGACUGAAAGGUAUGAAUGUAAUCUACGUACAGAUUCAACACUGCAUUUUGUACCAGCAUCUACCCAAAGUCUUGCAAAAGAUUUUUGCCUUCAACAGCUCUGUAAAGGGACUGUGCUGAGUGAAGAGAAAAACAGAAAAGAAAAUGAAAGCAAAGGACAACAGUCACUUUCACAAAUGCACCAACAUAAUGUUUUAUUAGGUGAGACCAGAUCUACAUCUGCAGAAAUAAAGUCUCCUGUUGACAUCUGCAAAAUGGAAGGUCUUGAGGAAAAGGCUGAGGAUCAGAGAGCAGAAACUUUAACUCUUGACAGUUGUCCGAUGUGUCUAAUCCAGUUUACUGGAACAUUGUCACAGUUGGAUAUUGAUAGCCAUCUUGCUAAAUGUUUGUCUGAAAGUGCAGAUGAUGUGAUCUGGUAAAACAACAAGAAUGAAGAUCCAAGAAGUCAGAUGCUAAAAUAUGAAUCUCUCUACAAGAAAAAAGGAAAGUAUAUCAAGCAAACGUGUCCUGAUAUAAUGUGUAUUAAACUUGUGUAAUUAAACAAAGGAAGUUCAGAAAUAUCAUCAGCCUACUCAGUUCCUCUGAACCUCUCUGUGUUUACACUGUAUCCCCGAUUCUGCAAAGAGAACUGUGCUGGCAUACUUCGGAUGCUGUGGAGCCCCACCGAAUGCAUAUCAAGAAAGUACUAUUGUGACUCCUUGAAGUACAGUAUCUGUUCUCUUUUACCAUGUAUUUAAAUUGUUAUGCUUUUGAAAGGUAUAGCAAGAAGAGGUUGAUGCAAGAAAUUUUCUUGUAGACUUAAUUUGCCUAAUCCAAAUGUCAUUGAAUCCAGUGACUUCAAUAGGCUUUGUAUCAGGUUCUAAAUGGUUAACUUUUUGGAAAAUAAAUUGCCUGAUACUUUAAAAAAGUGCUAUAGUACCAAAUGUCUCUUUGGGCUUUUAAAUUUCAGUUCAUGCUUUAUUUGAAAACAGUUUAAAUAAAAAUCUAGUUGGAAUUUUG